GCCGCCGGUAGUGACAGUAAAGUAGAGAUUGCUCAUCACCAUGUCAGAACCCCGCUGGAUCCCGCUCGAAAGCAACCCAGAUGUCUUUAACGAGUGGGCCACAACCGCCGGACUAGUAAAAUCCCAGGCGCAUUUCGAGGACAUAUAUGGCCUUGAUCCAGAGCUUCUGGGAAUGGUGUCGGCAGGUGUAAAAGCGGUUACAUUGCUCUUUCCCUGCUCAGGGACUAUCGCGACAAAGCGCAAAGAGGAAGAUGAAAAGAUUGCGGCUCAAGGGCAGCCUCCGAUCGAUUCCACUAUUUUCUGGAUGAAGCAGACGAUCUCAAACGCUUGCGGAACCAUGGGCCUUCUGCAUGCUUUAAUAAACUCAGAUGUCACUUUUGCCCCUGAAAGUCCAUUGGCUAGAUUCAUCGAGGAGUGCAAAGACAAAUCGCCUUUGGAGCGUGCCAAAAUUCUCGAGGAAACGCUGCUAUUUGAACGGAUCCAUACAUCCGCAGCGACCUCGGGACAAACCGCCGUGCCACAAGAUCUGGACACGGAUCUCCAUUUCACUUGCUUUGUGAGGGCCCCCGAUGCUACUGCAAGGGAAACGGAAACCCAAGCCCAUGGGUGGCGCGUCAUAGAGUUGGACGGAGGUCGCAAUGGCCCGAUUGACAGGGGCGAAUGCACUAACUUGCUUCAGGACGUGGCCAAAUACGUGAAAGAUCACUAUAUCAAGGAAAGCAAGAGCGUCAACUUCAGCAUGAUGGCGCUAUGUUCCGGGCAAGACUAAAAUUACAAUCACGAACGAAAUCAGUGUGUACCAUAGCAGAGCGACUACGUAGUCUCAGUUAUUUCAACUGAUGCAAAAGCAUCAGAAUUUGAUCAAGGAAAAAGCUGGUGAAAGAGGCAAUAUUAAACCGAGACUGAAGUUCAUGACGGCCGCGAGAAUAGUGCUUCCGAUAUGGCAGCAGGAAUUUCCUUCUGCAUUUUGGCGAUGAAUCUUGCAACGUGGAAAGCGUUGUCGAAGUCAGUGAUAUCCUGACCAUUUCCAAUCUCAGCAAUCUGCGCCGCAGAGGCUGCGAA